UUGACCACUUUCCUGAUCUGCACUGAAGCAUCUCGUUUGAUUCGAACUCCUCGAUCUUGCCCAGCUCAUUCUCAUUUUGAGUCAUGCGGUUCAAUGUGUCGUGAACGGUGUAACGAAGAAUUACCACUUGCGUGUCCACUUGCUUGUUAUGUGGGCUGUGUGUGUGAUGAAGGAUAUGUUAUGGAUAAAAAUGACAACUGCGUUAAACGAGAAGACUGUCCAGCUCCCCGAGCGGCGAAGGCAGUAAGAUAUUUGAGCCGUGUGAGACGUCAAGCACGGUGCGGUCCCAACGAACAUUAUACGACCUGUGGUACAGCAUGUGAACCAACUUGCGGCAAACCACUAGCAGACUUAUGCACAAUGGAGUGCGUUCCAGAUGUCUGCCAGUGUAAUCCCGGAUUUUUCCGUCAUGCAACCAAAGGUUGUGUACGUCAAUCCCAAUGUUGAUG